AGAUACAUGCGCGGCGCUCGGUUCUUGCUACUUGUAGUUCACUCAGGGUGUGUUGUCGAUACGGUCUUCAAAGAUCUUUCACGUUUUUCUGCAACCAUGUCGAGUAAAACGCUAGAUAGAGUCAAGGAGAAGAUGAAUGCUGUUAAAAAUGCCAUUGAUGACGCCGAGGAUCGCGAGGCUGAGGCAAAGUAUCACUUGAAAGAAGCGCUCGAGAGAGGCGACAAGGCGGAGGAAAACAUCGAAGGGAUGAUCAGAAGGCGAAAGUUACUAGAAGACGAGCUUGCUAGAAUAACAGCCAGCUUAGAUCAAGCGACCCAACAACUGUUCGAGAAAAGAAACAAGACCGAAGAGGAACAAGCGACAGAAAAGGAAUUAGGCCAUAUGGAAUUGGAGAUUGAUGAGGUCUUGAAUGAGCGCGAGUGUCAGUGUAAGGAGGCUCUCGCUAUCGCAGAAGAAAAACACCAGAAUUACAUCGACGCGUGCAGAAAGCACACCAAAGCUCAACUAGAUUGCGACCGAGCUAAAGAAAGGCUCGAGAAAGCACAGGAAAGAAUAGAAAGUUUGGAAUAUGAUCUGCAUAGAGCCGGGGAAACCAUGGUCGAAUUAGAGGCUAAAGACGAGGUAGCGAGCGAAAGAGAGAUGGAAAGAGAAGAAAAGAUUGCAUUCCUGCAAGCGGAGUUGAAAAAACUGGUGGAGAGAGAAGAUAUAGCCGAACGAGAAGUCCAGAAACUGCAGAGAAUUAUUGACGAAGAAUGCAUAGAAAUGGAGCAAAUAAUUGAGAAAAAGGAAUCAGUCUCAAAAGAAAUACAGUCAUUGGACGAGGUUAUUUAUAGCGACGAGGAUUGAGGAUGAAGAACAAUGAAUAUAACAAGCACUGUUGGAGGGAGGCAAUCUGCAAUUUACACCGUUUUAGAUUCUGCACAUGAUAGAAAUGUAGUAAAACUGCUCGAGUUAUACGUGCAAAGUCUAACUUUCGUUCGUUCCUGGACCUUACGAACGAUUUUCUUUACGUGCAUUAUAGAAACAGUCAAAGAAUUCGUAAAGUUUCUAGUAUAAAAUUUCACGAAAGUUGUAAAUUCUUCACACAUCCUUCAGUGUAGGUUAGUUCUAAAGGCUACGGGGGUUUGAAUGAUUAUUAUAAGGACUCUGUUUUGCACCCCUAAAAGGUUUUAUUUUAAGCAAAGAAUAAAGUAUAGAUGCAUACAACUA